UGUAUGCAAAGAGAACUGCGGGGGAAGGAAGAAUUAACGGUUGGACAAAUUCCGGAUAACGCUGCUAUGGCCGAGUCUCAGCUUCUGUGCAUGGACGAAGAUCAUGUCAACGAAAAGAUACCCGAAUCCAAAGCAGAAUUCUAUUAUUGCGAGGAGCAGCGAGCCGCGCUCGAGCAACUAUUGAAGAACGGUGAUGGCGCGUUCAAGAUGCGAUUGAAAGAGGACAACGUCAGAGACUUUCUAUCCGCCCGCGAGAUUAAAUGGAUUCGAAAAACCUUUGAUGAAUAUGAUUCAGAUAGUGAGUCCGAGAAGGGCGAAUACGAAAAGGCUCAGGAGUCCAAUGCAGACUCGGGGGUCCACUCCACAUACUGGCCUCAGAUGUCCGACACGGAUGUCCCGCCGCUUGACAUCGGCUGGCCAGGCAGCACUAGUUUCUAUAAAGGUGUCACUCGAGUAUCCGUUCACACGCACCCACCCAAAAACAAGGGGCCCCAUAUAAAAGAGGUUGUCAGGAGACUCAUUCAAGAAUCUAACAAGGUAGUAGCCGUGGUCAUGGACCACCUUACUGACCUGCAGAUCCUUCAGGACCUAUUGGACGCAGCACAGAGACGAGGGGUGGCUGUGUACAUCAUACUGGAGGCUCGUGGUAUGCCCCACUUCCUGGAUAUGUGCACUCGUUUACAGAUCACUGCUCUGCAUCUACGGAACCUGCGUGUGCGAACGGUGAAAGGUUCUGGGAUGGCCCUGUCAUUUGGCAGGCUGCCCGGCUCUCUGUGCUCCAAAUACAUGCUGGUGGACGGAGAAAAGGUUAUGUUUGGCUCUUACAGCUUCACAUGGAGCUCCUCUAGGAUGGACAGGAACACCAUCACAGUAAUGUCUGGGCAGGUGGUGGACUUCUUCGACAAUGACUUCAGGGAAAUGUAUGCUGUAUCUGAGAAUGUGGACCUUUACAAGGAGUUCCACAUAACCAAGCCUCCCAUGCCUGCACCGGUACGGAAGGUGGUGGUCCCCAAGCCCCUGUUGAUAUCCACCUCCCGUUUCCAGGUGUCUCUAGGGGACUCUCGUGGGCAGGCUGACCAGAGGGUGCCUGCACAUAAAUACCACAACCCUAAGUAUUCUCUGGUGGUGGGGAACAGUCUCGGGCUUACUGGGUCCUUACAGGACCUCUCCACACUCAGAGACUCACUGGGCAGUGGACUCGAACGGAACGGACUGUCGACGCUACUCCAUGCCAAAGGGGGCAGUAGUGUGGAACUGGACAUGGUCCCUGUGAAGUCCCCCAGUUCUCCUGUGGAGGAUGAGGAGGAUGGGAAGGGAGGUUCGCUGAAGCGCCAGGUCUUAGGUGGAAAGAAACAACGCAGUUCUUUCAGGCUCUUCCUGAAAGGCAGGGGAUCCAAUCACAACAGUGAGACUAUAGAGGAGGAUGGGGCCACUCCUUCAAACCCCUCUUCCACCCGCCCAAACCCCUCCCCUAGCCGCCCAACCCCCACCCCUAGCCACCCAACUCCCUCCCCUAGCUGCCCAACCCCUCCCUUGCCCAUCGAACCCCCUCCCUACCCACCCAACACUCUCCCCUACCCACCCAAACCCCUCCCCUACCCACCCAACACUCUCCCUACCCACCCAAACCCCUCCCCUACCCACUUAACACCCUCCCUAUCCGCUCAAACCCCUCCGCGACCCACCAAAACCCCUCCUCUACCCACUCAACACCAUCCCCUACCCACCCAACCCUCUCCCCUACCCGCCCAAACCCCUCCCCUACCCACUCAACACCCUCCCCUACCCACCCAACCCUCUCCCCUACCCGCCCAAACCCCUCCCCUACCCACUCAACACCCUCCCUACCCGCCCAAACCUCUCCUCUACCCACCCAACCCUCUCCCCUACCCGCCCAAACCCCUCCCCUACCCACUCAACACCCUCCCCUACCCACCCAACCCUCUCCCCUACCCGCCCAAACCCCUCCCCUACCCAUUCAACACCCUCCCCUACCCGCCCAAACCCGUCCUCUACCCGCAAAGUAUCAGAGACAAAUAGCAUUGCCACUGCGCACUCAUUUGAGAUGGUAGAGAAACCGUCCCUGUUGAAAUUUAAGAACAAAAAGCCUUCAAAACUGCCUCAAAGAAGUAUGUCUCUAAUGACCCUCAACAAAGGAGAGGAUGACGGAAAGGGACACAAGAAGCCUUCCAAGAGGAACUGCAUCCAGUCCUGAGAUGAAGAGAAGGAGGACAGGAUCAGCUGGGAGAGACAGAGCCAGAGGACAGUUUUAAGUAAUUGCCCGUAUCAGAUGCAGUAUUAGAUGGAGUAUAUUAAUGACAUGUCAUGGCAGGAGUAUAGUAAUGACAUGUCAUGGCAGGAGUAUAGUAAUGACAUGUCAUGGCUGGAGUAUAGUAAUGACAUGUCAUGGCUGGAGUAUAGUAAUGACAUGUCAUGGCUGGAGUAUAGUAAUGACAUGUCAUGGCUGGAGUAUAGUAAUGACAUGUCAUGGCUGGAGUAUAGUAAUGACAUGUCAUGGCUGGAGUAUAGUAAUGACAUGUCAUGGCUGGAGUAUAUUAAUGACAUGUCAUGGCUGGAGUAUAGUAAUGACAUGUCAUGGCUGGAGUAUAGUAAUGACAUGUCAUGGCUGGAGUAUAGUAAUGACAUGUCAUGGCUGGAGUAUAGUAAUGACAUGUCAUGGCUGGAGUAUAGUAAUGACAUGCCAUGGCAGGAGUAUAGUAAUGUCAUGGCUGGAGUAUAGUAAUGACAUGUCAUGGCUGGAGUAUAGUAAUGACAUGUCAUGGCUGGAGUAUAGUAAUGACAUGCCAUGGCAGGAGUAUAGUAAUUACAUGUCAUGGUAGGAGUAUAGUAAUGACAUGUCAUGGUAGGAGUAUAGUAAUUGCAUGUCAUGGCUGGAGUAUAGUAAUGACAUGUCAUGGCUGGAGUAUAGUAAUGACAUGUUAUGGCUGGAGUAUAGUAAUGACAUGCCAUGGCAGGAGUAUAGUAAUGACAUGUCAUGGUAGGAGUAUAGUAAUUGCAUGUCAUGGCUGGAGUAUAGUAAUGACAUGCCAUGGCAGGAGUAUAGUAAAGACAUGUCAUGGUAGGAGUAUAGUAAUGACAUGUCAUGGUAGGAGUAUAGUAAUUGCAUGUCAUGGCUGGAGUAUAGUAAUGACAUGACAUGGCAGGAGUAUAGUAAUUACAUGUCAUUGUAGGAUUAUAGUGAUUACAUGUCAUGGCAGGAGUAUAGUAAUUACAUGUCAUUGUAGGAUUAUAGUGAUUACAUGUCAUGGCAGGAGUAUAGUAAUUACAUGUGCUGCUCAUUCUAUGUACUACUAUAAUGUUCCUUAGUGAGACUUGGUGUGAGACUGUGUGGACCGCCACUGCCUUAUCAGUUAGAGUAGUGAGAGUCUACAAUGCCAGACCCACUUCCUUUAAUAUGAGCCUAAUGUUGCUGUUUAGCAGGAGUGAUCUGAUGCCACAUACCAGUGAAUGUCUCCUGAGUCCUGCCCGUCUCAGAUGGCAUUCACCACCUGUGUCAGGGAAAUGCCAAUACAGACUUGAUCGGUCAGUCAUUCGAUGCUUGAAAACUGAUCUUAUGUUACUGCUCACAUGUCAUAAGAAAUCAACAUGUUGUAUUGCUCUUCCCUGUAUCUCUGUCAUUGAAACGGCUGCUUUUAAACCUAAACAAAUGGAUGGCGUUAAAAACACAGGUAUAGAUGUAUUCUGAAUGUGUCUAUCCUUCAGGUUACUAUGGAGAAGGAAAAGUGAUCAGCUCUCUUCUCUCACACAAGGUAUCACCUUACCAAGGGCACUUUGUUAAAUUGUUAGUGGACUGGCCCUUAUUUCCACUGGAGUGUGUAGUGUCUGAAUAAUGGAUGUUGUUUUAACAGAUCAGACACCAAUCACACACUUCUGCUGUUAACAUGCAACAAUACAUUGUCUCUAAACCUAUGUGACAUUUUAAACAUGUCACUGAUCCAUGGCUAUAUCUGUCAUCUUAAUAAAAAAGAAGCAAUAGGGACUAAGACAUAUUUUGCUUAUUUUUUAUGCAUAGCAAUUACAAAGAGCAAAGGACAUUUUCUCAUUGAAAUUAUAGUGUGAAGUCUUGUAUAUAAAAAUGCCAAAGAUGUAUGAGACCACACAUACUUCAUGUACUUGACUGACUUCAUAUCUCUGAUGUGUGACUGUUGUUUUAUAUGAAAUCAUAAUAUUAAAAAUAACUUUUGUA